AUGGAUAAUGGAGAAAUAACCGGAUUAAUUUCAGUUGAUAUUAGGAAAGCCUUUGACUCUAUUGAUCAUAAAAUCCUAUUAAGGAAGAUGCAAGACCAGUUUGGUGGUCAAGAUUUUGAGCUAAAAUGGUUCCAAUCCUAUUUGACGAAACGAAGUCAAGUUUGUGUUGUCGAUGGCCACACAUCGUUGGCUAAGGAAAUUGUAUGCGGAGUUCCACAGGGAUCUAUCUUGGGACUCCUCAUGUUUUUACUAUAUGUAAAUGAUUUACCAGAAUGUCUGAAAAACACAACUCCUGGCAUGUAUGCUGACGAUACUCAAAUAUAUGCAUCUUCCGCAAGUUUCUCCGAACUAGUAAUCAAAUGGCUCUCUCGAAAUAAAUUGCAACUUCACACAAAAAAGACAAAAGCAAUGUUUAUAGGAUCACCCUAUAACUUAAAACACAAAGUUGGUAAUGAACAG